AUGGAAGACAAGGGUGAUGAUAGACAGGUCUGUGUCUAAGUAAUGCUACUUGACAGUCACACCCAUACUUGUUUUUAGCUUGUACAGUUUUCCCUUUCUGUCAGCUUGGGCUGAGAUACGCACUGACCAGAUUUAUGCAUCCAGCCACCACAUUUGUUAUGAGAAAUAUAGUUAUUGCAUUUCAUUACAUAUGCUAUGCAUCAUGUCCAUUAAUAAAGGCCAUUUGUGUCACAGUAGGGCAGAGGACAAGUCAAGUAGAUUUUCUAAGGUUCUAACACACAAACAGGUACUGGUUGGUUCUUAACAGGCAUGCAAAUGCAGUCUAAGAGAAGGGACUCACUUACGACUUAAUCGAAAAGCCAAAUUGAAUUAAAAAGCAGGUUAAUACGAUUUGUUUAGAAGGACAUUGUUCAAGGUACUCAUAAACUUUCAGCUGGUACGACAAGUGGAGUGGUGAGAGGGUGAGAGAGCGCCGCGAGCGCUUCAGGAGACGCGUCGUAGCGUGGCCGACUUCAAGGCACAACUAGUCAACAACGUGACUCAGACAGAAAUAAUCACACCAGAGCUAGUGUUCACACACACACAUGCACAAACACUCAUUAACUUCAGUUUGGUUCUUCAAGGAUAUGAUGUAUAAUGUAGUGUGUGUGUAGGUGUGCAUGAAUAGACCAGGUGACCAGGAGUCGUUGUCUUUGUGGCACUGCCAUUCUUACAGAACAGCUUCAAUUACAGACCUCUGACUCCAAUCACCUCCUUUCUAAUCAAGCUCUCUCUCUCUUAUUCACUCUUUCUUUCUGUCCUUUACUCUCACACCUACACUCUCUCAUUGUCUCUCUCUCCCCCUCUCUCCCCCCUCUCCCCCCCCCCCCCCCCCCUCUCUCUCUCUCUCUCUCUCUCUCUCUCUCUCUUUCUCUCUCACACCUACACUCUUUCCACCAGAUAUUUCCUACAGGUUCCAUGACCCACCAGAUAUUUCCUACAGGUUCCAUGACCCACCAGAUAUUCCCUACAGGUUCCAAGACCCACCAGAUAUAUCCUACAGGUUCCAUGACCCACCAGAUAUUUCCUACAGGUUCCAUGACCCACCAGAUAUAUCCUACAGGUUCCAUGACCCACCAGAUAUUUCCUACAGGUUCCAUGACCCACCAGAUAUUUCCUACAGGUUCCAUGACACACCAGAUAUUUCCUACAGGUUCCAUGACCCACCAGAUAUUUCCUACAGGUUCCAUGACCCACCAGAUAUUUCCUACAGGUUCCAUGACCCACCAGAUAUAUCCUACAGGUUCCAUGACCCACCAGAUAUUUCCUACAGGUUCCAUGACCCACCAGAUAUAUCCUACAGGUUCCAUGACCCACCAAUAUUUCCUACAGGUUCCAUGACCCACCAGAUAUUUCCUACAGGUUCCAUGACACAACCAGAUAUUUCCUACAGGUUCCAUGACCCACCAGAUAUUUCCUACAGGUUCCAUGACCCACCAGAUAUUUCCUACAGGUUCCAUGACCCACCAGAUAUAUCCUACAGGUUCUAUGACCCACCAGAUAUUUCCUACAGGUUCCAUGACCCACCAGAUAUUUCCUACAGGUUCCAUGACACACCAGAUAUUUCCUACAGGUUCCAUGACCCACCAGAUAUUUCCUACAGGUUCCAUGACCCCCCAGCUAUGUCCUAG